AUGUCAAAGAAUGUUAAACAGUUACUUUAAGAUCCAAAUUAUACAGUACCAUUAGAGGUAAUCAAAAGAGAACUAAGUAAAGUACCUGGAGGAGAUGAUGUAAAAUAUUAGAUUUUAAUUUUAGAAAUAUAAAGAGAUUCAAUAAACAUUAUUGCCUUUAUUAAUGGAUGGAAUAGAAGAAUUAUCAAAAGAAUUAGAGACUAUGAUAUAGAAUCCUGAAAAGAUUGAUCCUGAAGAAAGAGAACGUUUUAAUCCUUGCAUUUAUUUAGGGUAUAUCAAAUGAACUAUGUUUUUAUAGAUAAUAUUUAAUGAGAAACAAUCCAAAGUAGUAUUGAUUAAAAUAAUAAUAUAUUAAUUAAAAUAUUUAAUUUUAUAUGAUUAGAAGAAUCUUUUGGAAUGUAAAGAAUUCAUUUUUUGGAGCAGGAAUGCUUAUUUUGAUUCCAGUUCAAUUCAUGUAUUUCCCAGUUUUACUUGGAGUCCCAACAUAUGCAGCAACUGUAUUAUAAUCUGGUAAUAAUUAAUCUUAAAAUAGGUCUAACAUAUUAUGAUGAAUAUGAUGGAGAUGUCAAUGAAGGAAAUUAUUAUAAAACCAAGAGUGCAUGA